AUGAUUAAUCAGCGCGCACAGACAAUUGAAGAUGCCCGACAAGGCGAGCGAGAUGGCGGCUCGGUGCAGUGCAACCGGGAUGGAGAUGCACGCGCGAUCGGUAUGCUGAUGCCAGCUGAGCAGUUCAGGUUCGAUGAUGAGGAGACUAACUCUGACUCUGAUGUUAGCGAUGUUGAGCUAGGGUGCCGCAUGUACGUCUAUCCGCGUUAUCCGACCUGCAGGCUGCGGGAGCAUCGCAUACAACGCGAGCUGCUCGGGAUUUGGCAGACUCGCCUGGAGGGCUGCCACGUGGAUGUGCUGGAAGAUAAUCUGUACGAGUGGGGCGCCUCGUUGAGCGGCCCGGUGAACACGCCCUAUGAGGGCGGCACCUUCCACAUGCUCAUCUCGUUUCCCCCCGGGUAUCCGUUCGUGCCGCCGAUCCUGAAGUUCAUAACGAAGAUUUACCAUUGCAACGUGCACAACAGUCUCGUCUGCCCGAAAAAAUGGACGCCCGUGGCAACGGUGGCCAAGCUCAUGGUCUCCAUUCUCUCUAUGAUGGUGACGCCCGAUCCGGAGGAUCCGCUAAAUCCGGCCAUCGCCCAACUCUACAUUAAUCAUCGCAGCGAGCACGACAAAAUCGCACGCGCAUGGACCCGUCGCUUUGCCAUGGAGUAGGAUGGACAAUUAUGGAGCCGGAUGAAAAAGAAGCCAGAUUGUGUGGUUUUUCAAAAACAUUUUAUUAUUUGAUUUUGUUGUGCCAGCACUUUUUGGUGUUUAGAAACGAUAUAAGAGACACAUAAUACGCUAGCUACAUUUACAAUUACAAUUACAUUUACAGCUACAAUUACAAUUACUAUAAGGAGCACACACACACACAGAGGGAUGCGCAUUGAAUUGAUGUAGACCGACUACAGAUACACUAAAAUCUAAAAUUUAUGGCUAAGGGUGAACUAUACAGAAACUAGGCGACAAUGACACGUGGCGAUUAAUGCUCUCC